CAGUGACAUUGACAGUUUGUUGUGAAAAAUGGCGGUGGCCUUGUCACCAGACCAAGAAUCGGCGACAAAGGCGUUCCUGGAGGCACUGAGCGAGACGGGCGCGGCGUGCGUGUCGCGCGCUACGGCCAUCAAGUUCCUGUUGGCGCGCAAGUUCGAUGUGGCGCGCGCGCACGCGCUGUGGCGGCAGCAUGAGGCGACGCGCCGCCGGGAGGGCCUCGUCAAGUUCGAGCCCUUCGAGGAGCCGCUCAAGAGCGAGCUCGAGACGGGGAAGUUCACUAUACUGCCAACCCGCGACGCGAUGGGCGCGGCGAUCGCGGUGUUUACGGCCAACAAGCACUACCCCGCCCAGACCACACAUCAGACUACCUUGCAGGGCGUGGUGUACCAACUGGACGUGGCGUUGCAGUCGGCGGAGACGCAGCGUCACGGGCUGGUGUUCAUCUACGACAUGACCGACUCCAAAUACACCAACUUCGACUACGACCUGUCGCAGAAGAUACUCACCAUGCUCAAGGGGGGCUACCCGGCCAAAUUGAAGAAGGUGUUGAUAGUGACGGCGCCGCUGUGGUUCAAGGCGCCUUUCCGUAUCCUGCGGCUGUUCGUGAGGGAGAAGCUGCGAGAGCGCGUGCACACGGUGAGUGCGCCGCAGCUCAGCGCGCACGUGCCGCGCGCCAGCCUGCCGCGACAGCUGGGCGGACAGCUGGAGCCCGACCACGCCGCUUGGUUGGAGUACUGCCGCACGUGCUACACUAGCACGCUGCAGGCGGCCAAGUUGGACGGCGUCAUCGGCGACUAUGUGAUCGCCAACCACAUACCGCCCGUCAAACCGCAGAAUGGUAUAAUAGAGCACGAGGCGGCAUGUGACAUGACGGGCGUGGGCGUGGGGCGGCUGGGCGACAAGGACAUCAUGCACAUCAGCGACCAGCCAUACACCUGCGACCCAGGUCUCAGGCACACGCACGGCUAUAAUGGCGACAUGAAGGGCCACCACAUAAACUCCGGAGAUGAGGAUGACUUAGACUUAAUCACGCGCGGCACGUGGUCGUCGGGCGAGGCGUCGCCGGGCCUGUCGGACGAGGAGUGCGGGGGCGGGGGCGCGGGUGAGUCCCCCGCCGCGCUGCUCGCCCGCGUCCGAGUGCUCGGCCGCCGCGGGCUCGCCGCCGAGUACGACGAGAUACGGGCGAGGCCGCCCACCGGCACCUUCCACCAUGCCAAGUUGCCCGCGAACCUACCCAAGAACCGCUACACGGACGUGCUGUGCUACGACCACUCGCGAGUGCCGCUGUCCCGCGCGGACCCCGACGACGCCGCCUCCGACUACAUCAACGCCAACUACGUCGACGGCUACAAGCAGCGGAACGCGUUUAUAUGCACGCAGGGUCCGCUACCAAAGACUUUCGGUGACUUCUGGCGCAUGGUGUGGGAGCAGGGCAGUCUGGUGAUAGUGAUGACGACGCGCACGGUCGAGCGCGGCCGGGUAAAGUGCGGGCAGUACUGGCCCGCGACGCCGGGCGUGACGCACACGCACGCUGCACACAGCGUGCUCACAGAGAGCGUCGAACACGAGGAGGACUAUACUAUAUCGCACCUCGUGCUCACUGAUCUACGGACGGAGCAGAAGCGGCGCGUGUGGCAUGGUCAGUACACGCGGUGGCCGGACUACGGCGUGCCCGGCGGCGGCCGCGCCGCGCCCGUGCUACGGUUCCUAGCGCUCGUGCGACGCGCCCAGGCCAAGGCGCGCACAGAAUUAGGUGACGCGUGGGCGGGACACAGUAGGGGGCCGCCGAUCGUCGUGCACUGUUCCGCCGGAAUUGGAAGGACAGGCACGUUCCUAACCCUAGACACGUGCACGUCACGGCUGGCGGCGGAGGGCGUGGCGGACGUGCGCGGGACGGUGGAGCGCGUACGCGCGCAGCGGGCGCACUCCAUACAGAUGCCGGACCAGUACGUGUUCUGUCACCUGGCGCUCAUAGAGUACGCGGUGAUGCACGGAUAUUUAGAGUCUGCUGACCUCGCCGGCUUCGACGACGACAACGACGACGAGUCAGAAUGAAGACUGUCGCGAGCCUCUUGCAGCGUGCUGUAGACGUGCACGCACACACGCACGUACGCAGCGGCUGGUUCGAGCGUACCAGGGAUUACUGUGAGCUACAAGUAUGGAACAUUCAGUGUAUCCUAGAUUAAUGUGAGUCAAUGAUUCACCGAAACUCGAGUCGCCUGGAGUAAAGACGAUAGCGGUCGCUAGUGAGUGUCGUGUGCAGUGUCAGUGAGCGCCCAGGGUUGCCAACCGCACAAGUUUAUCCCGGACGCGUCACGGAACGUUCCACAAGUGGUAACCCUACACGAAACAGUGUGAUAUCCCCCCAGUUGGUUCACCGCCUCUAGAGCCCGCUCUAAACCCUAGUAUCGAGAAAAUUAUAAAUUGACGUUCCUGUAGUAUAAUCGAGUGAACGCUAGUGAGGUAUACGGUUAAUUUAUUUUUCCAUGUAAAGAAUUCGGUGACCAAAACCCUAAUUAAGUUUUCCAUUUUGUAUUUAUUAUAAAUUAUGGCUAUGCGAAGUUUUUUUUUUAUCUAUCGAAAGUAGUAUUCGGACUCGCGACAGGAAAUUGUAUAGUUUAGGUGCCGGUAGUCGAGGAUAGGGCGCGUUAUAGCGCGUUUCACAUUUUUGUAACUGUACGUAUGUAAUGCACUUAUCGUAAUGAAUAGACUGAUAACUGUUAAUUUCUUGGAAAUAGGAACGUACGGACUGCAGUGAUACCGGAGCAUAUAGCCAAUGUACUCAUAGUGUAAUAGUUAACACGAGUGUAGAUAUAGUCCACGAUACAUGUGUCAUAUCAGAGUUAUAUUUCGUAUCGCCGUCCCACCACAUAUCGCCUCCCGUUUGCCUGACAUUCAUCUCAUACUGUAUUGAUACGCUGUAAGUCUAUUUUGCUGAUUGGUUCUACGUAAACUCACAUACACAUACAAAAUCAUGCUGCUAUCAUAAAAAUACUGCUUGACUUUGAAUCAUGAUCAGAAUGAAAUGUAACCCCUCAGAUUGAAUAUUAUCAGUCAAGCAAAACAAACAUUAAAAGAUAACAUUUUAAAAUAGAUAAUAUAAAUAACAAUAAACGAGUAUAAAUGUAUUAAGCCAUAGACUAUUUAAGAUUAAAAAUUCAAAUGUAUGAUGAAUGAAAACAAAAAAGCGUAUGUGCGUAUGAGAUAAGAAAAUAUUUACACAAAUCAUAUAACAGUCUAAUAAAAUAUCCUAAAAUCACGUAACAUGAUAACUAAGAAUAAUUAAAAUAAACAUAUUUAUACUUUUAAUCAGAUUGAAGAUUAUUUUAAAAGAUUGCACAAAGUACUUUAUGUCAAUACAAAAAUAUUUUACCAUUGAAUGUACCCUCUAAAUAUCAUGUAACGCUAUCACUUUCAAAAUAUCAUCUUUGUGCCUACGUAACUUACCCACAUCCUAUAAGUAGAGUAAUUCUUAUCUUAAUCUUGGUUGAGAUAUCAUUCCAUAAAACAAUAUUAAUUCAAUGUAUUUUCCAAAAUAAUUGUUUUAUCCCGUACCACAGCACAAAAAGUAAAACUUUGGUAUAUUUUCUGUAUUUCCAAAUAGAUUAAAUUUAAUAUAUCAAUGUGCGUGCAGUACGCAAUAAGCUUGCGUGCACGUACGCGUUUUGCGUAUUUUGUUUUCUAAGUAUGAAAUGUAAAAAAAAUAUGUUUAAAUGAAUUAAGAAAACAUGGUAAUAAUAAUGUUUUAUGGAAUGAUUUCGCCCUGGUGAUGGAUUAAGAUAGAAUUUGAGUUUGCGUCUCGUUUUGUAUUUCUUGUAGUGUUAAGAAAGUUGUUAUAUAAUAUGUUCUGAUACGUCUGUUGAUUCUUGUAUAUGUAAAUAUUUUAUCGACUUCUGUUUUAAAAUCUAAAUUAAAUACCCUCGACAAAAUAUGUGUGAAAAUAAAGAUACUUGUAAUAUAUUGA